AUGGAUGACGAAGGAUGGGUUCCAAUAACCACGAUUGCGGACUUUAAAAGGGUUAAAAAAAUGUGUACCGACAUAACGUUUAUCAUUGAUUCACUGCUGGGUUCAGCUACUGUAGAAGUGCAGGCUAACAAGAUACGGAGACGUGAUGAAUGGUCAAGUGGACCGCAGCCUCUGCAGACUCUAUGUUAA